AUGGUAACGUCUGAACUCUCUAAUCACCACUACCAUCAGCACAACAGCAACAAUUCUCCCAUGACGAAGCCCAACUCCCGAAGCAAAACCUCCUCUUUAUUCCUCUCCGACGGUUGCCUUUUCCUCGGAGGAGUAUUCUCCGCUCUUAUCCUCGUCUGGGGUUUUUCCUCCUUCACCACCACCUUCCCCAACGACAACCAAAAUUUGGAAACCCUUUCCCAAAAUGCCGCCGCAUCGCGCAGCACUCCCGAUUUCACCUUCGACCCUCCCGACAAAACGUUCUUCGACGACCCGCAAAUGGGGUACACCAUGGACAAGAAAGUCUGGAACUGGGACGAGAAGCGCGAGGAGUGGCUCAAACUCCACCCUUCAUUCUCCGCCGGAGCGCGAGAAAGGGUUUUGAUGAUCACCGGUUCUCAGCCGGGGCCGUGCCGGAACCCUAUCGGCGACCAUCUUCUCCUACGGUUCUUUAAGAACAAGGUGGACUACUGUCGGCUCCACGGGUACGAUAUAUUGUACAACAACGCACUCUUACACCCGAAGAUGUUCGCGUAUUGGGCCAAGUACCCUGUGGUGCGGGCCGCGAUGAUGGCCCACCCGGAGGCCGAGUGGAUCUGGUGGGUUGACUCGGACGCUUUGUUCACCGACAUGGAGUUCAAGCUUCCUCUGGAGCGUUACAAGGAGCACAACCUUGUGGUUCACGGGUGGCCCCACCUGAUUCACGAGAAGAGAAGCUGGACGGGCCUGAACGCCGGUGUGUUCUUGAUCCGAAACUGUCAGUGGUCGUUGGACUUCAUGGAGUCAUGGGCCAGCAUGGGCCCGCAGACGCCCAAUUACGAGAAAUGGGGAAAGACGCUGCGGUCAACUUUCAAGGACAAGUUCUUCCCGGAGUCGGACGAUCAGACGGGCCUGGCGUAUCUGAUCGCGAUCGAGAAGGAGAAAUGGGCGGACAGGAUUUACCUGGAGAGCGAGUACUACUUCGAAGGGUACUGGGAGGAGAUCGUGGGAACGUUGCAGAACAUCAGCGACAAAUACAAAGAGAUGGAAAAGGGGGUGCGCAGGUUAAGAAGGCGGCACGCGGAAAAGGUUAGCGAGAGUUACGGUGAGAUUCGGGAGGAGUAUUUGAAGGAUGCUGGGUUCGGGAAAGAGAGUUGGAGGAGACCCUUCAUCACGCACUUUACCGGAUGCCAACCCUGCAGCGGAAAGUAUAAUGCCAUGUAUUCCGCCGAUGACUGUUGGAACGGAAUGCACAAGGCUCUCAAUUUCGCCGAUAACCAAGUCAUGCGCAAUUACGGUUUCCUGCGCACGGAUCUACUCGAUAACUCCGUUUCCCCUCUCCCUUUUGAUUAUCCACAUUCCUCGUGA